AAAUCUCAACCAAAACACAAAAACCUUUUUACGAUGCUGAACUUUCUUAUUUCUUAGCAGUUGUCUUUUGAAUAAGCCUUGGUGAAAAUCUCAACAAAAAUUCUCUUUUCGAUUUAUGUCAGUUAUCUUCUCCAAUUCCCUUUCUACUUAAGCGAAUCACCAUUGUUGUUCUUUGAUCAUAUCCAAAUAACACAAAAGCCUAUUCAUUCUCAAACGAUGCAGAUGCAGAUCUGGAAUUUGGGUUAAAAACUUAAUUUCAGUUUUUCAUGAGUGUUUGAUCUAUCUCCAGCAACAAAGGUAGCACCGAUUAUUAUUAAAAGUUGUUCCCCGUGUAUUGGAAAAAUGGUGGAUUUUCAAUCUGAUUCGACUUUUGAUGAGGAGGAUUUGACACAGGGAUUGGAUAGUUUGUCAUUGUUUAAGGAUGAUUCUGAUCGUGAAGAUGUUAUUAACGAGAAUGAAUCUGAAAUACCAAAGGAAACCAUUGAAGGCAGUAGAAAUGAUGGUGACAACAGAUGUAGGUUCGACGAGUCUUAUGUUGUGAAUUGUUUGGAAGACAUUUCAAGUAUUAACUUCAAAGAAUUAAGUUCAGAAGAUGUCAGGAGAUACCAUUUUGUAGAUGUUGCUGUAGCAUUUACUUUUUAUAAUUGGUAUGCUAGCUGUCAUGGUUUUGCUGCAAGAAAAAGCAAGGUAAUGAGAAGCAAAAGUGGUGAACUAACUCAACAGACACUUGUUUGUUAUCGACAAGGGUUUACAGAGAAAAAAAGUUGCAGCUCAUCAACUAGAAAGCGAGUACCGAAAGCUCGUGUGAGAUGUGGUUGUGAAGCAAAAUGUCGUGUUCACAUUGAUUCAAAAAGUGGAAGGUGGUACAUGAAAUUUAUGAACGAUGUUCAUAAUCACGCUUUGUUGGAUGACCAAUUCACCAGUAUGCUCCCGGCGCAUAGAAAGAUGGCAGAAUUUGACAUUUGGCGAAUGAGGAACAUGAGACAAGUUGGGAUUAAGACCUCCCAUAUUUUUGGUUUGUUUGCUAGUGAAGCUGGUGGUUAUGGAAGAGUUGGAUUUCGUAGGCAUGAUAUGUACAACGAACAAUAAAGGAUGCGACUAACUUCGUCACUUGAUGCAAA